AUGACAAGUGGCCGAUGGAAAGGAUAUCUGCCGUUUGCUAUAGCAUUUGACCUAUAUUCAGACCUUGUGUUCACAGGCAGCCACGAACGUGUCACAAUGAAGCAGCAAAAGUAUCAAUUCCGAACUGAUAUACUGCACCCUGAAUAUGGACUAUGCAUAUAUAUAUUCAAACACAAUGAGAAGGAACUUGUCAUUUUGCAAAAUGAUCAAGUGGAAUUGUCAGGUGUUUUAAAUGUAAGUGAAAUACAAUCGAACUGUUACCAUUUGUUUAUUUUGAGGGUGUAUGUUCAGGGAUGCAGCUAGAAAUUUUUGUUUGGGAGUGCGUCUUGUUCAUUCUUUUCUUAUAUGUUUACAAUUAGAGGCAUGGUUGGCACAGGAUAGAGUGCCUAUACCUCCCACCAUUGUAGCCCGCUAGGCUCGAUUCUAGCUCAAGCAGAGGGAGAAUUUCUGUUCCAGUCAGAUACAUCCAGAUCAGUUGUGUGUGAUGAACACGAGUUUUAUUGUCCUUUCUGAGUCUCUUGUGGGCUUGGAGAGACAUUCUUAGCUUCUUAAAUGUGUUGUUUACACAUAAACUUUAGGAACAACAAUUUUGUGAUCAAUUAGACCAUGUACUACAGUCUAAUAAUGUGACUUUAUGGCAUUCCACACGUCUCAUGAUCACAGGAGUAAAAAAUAUAUAAUUUUCACAAAUAACCUUUGAGAAGUGGAAAAUGGUUUUUAUGCAAAAGUACUAUUAACUCUAAGCAACCUGUGUUUCCCUCCUUUUUUCUUUAAAAAAAAGGAAAUUGCUGGACAUCAGGAAAUGGUCCCAGAUGAAAUAAAUCAUGCACCAUCAUUUGAAUUGGUUCAAGGUCUUUUGGGUACCUUGGACUCUGAAUGGAGCAGACUGGCUGUUAGAGGACUUUUGUCAAGCAUGCUAUCAGGUAUUUGUACAUUGACUUUUCUAUCACCAGAUUUAAUUUAAUCGUCAUUCUUACACAAGAUUUUGUGAUAUUUUGUGUUCACCAGGUAAACAGCUAUACAACAUUGGUAUAAACCCUACAACAGGCAAUGCAUCACUCUGCAGACUGAAAUAUGUCAUUGAGGAAAGUAGCAAUGCGAAACUGGCUGCUAAAGACAUUGCCCGCUUAAAAAUUAAAGAAAGUAUUCGCCACCUCACUGACAAAGAACAGGAAUUGCAAAAAGCAUUGCAAAAUCCCUUGUUAUCAGAUGUCAAUAACAAGAGGAUUGAAGAAGAGCUGUCUGCAGUUCAAAAAAGGUAUCGUCAAAAACUUAGCUACAAUCAAAUGAAGAUUCAUUGGCAUUUGUGUCCAUGA